AUGGACCCUCUAAAAUACAUGAUGGAGUCGACUGCUCUGAAUGGAAGAAUGGCCCGAUGGAAAAUUCUGCUUUCCAAAUUUGAUAUAGCCUAUGUGAACCACAAGGUAAUAAAAGGGAGUGCAAUAGCAGAUUUUCUAGCCAGUAGAGCUCUAAAAGAUUACGAGCCUUUGAAUUUUGAUUUCCCAAAUGAAGAUAUAAUGUAUGUUGCAACCACUGAAGAAGAUGCUCAAGAUGGACGUCCUUGGAAACUAAAUUUUGACGGAGCUUUAAACGCUAUGGGUAAUGGAAUCAGGACAAUCCUGGUAUCGCGAAACGGAGAUCAUCAUCCUUUUACUAGUAAAUUGGAUUUUGAUUGCACGAACAAUAUGGUAAAAUAUGAAGUAUGCAUCAUAGGUAUCCGUGCAGCCAUAAAACGUAAGAUCAAAGUACUAGAGGUAUAUGAGGAUUCUGUACUAGUGAUCUAUCAACUCAAAGGUGAAUGA